AUGAAGUACGAUGAAUCGUUCGAUGAAUUCUAUGCAAAACUGAAUGACAUAGUUAAUUCGAGUUUUAACCAGGGUAAGAAGAUUUCAGAGUCAAAGAUAGUUAGAAAAGUCCUUAAAUCCCUACCUGAAAGGUUUAGACCUAAAGUUACCGUGAUUGAAGAAAGCAAGGACUUAGAUGCAGUUAAGAUAGAAGAACUGGUAAGAUCCCUUCAAACCUAUGAAUUCACCAUUUUUCAACCUAAAAAGGCUAAAUCCAUAGAUAUGAAUACUGUUAGAGAAGAAGAGAGUGAGUCAACUGAUGCUGAGAUACUUUGGGACAAUGAAUUAACUUAUUUCGUUAAAACAAUUUCAGGAAUAGGAGAAAGUACGGAAAAAUGA